UAAAACAAACAUCCAAAUUCGAAAACCUGUGACAAAUUGGUCCCUAAAAAAACAAUAUAGACACAAAAAUAAUAAUAAUAAAGUAAAUAAAGAAAAACUCACUCUCACAAUCUCACUCCUUCCAAAACUCCCAAACACAGAAACCAGCUCCAGAAAUAAAAAGAUUGAAAAAUAGCAGCUGCGAAAACCAAUUUCAUUUUUUUUAUUAAAAUCAACCGACGCUAAAAUCUCGGAAAUUUGAAAUUCCCUUUUUAUGGAAAAUCAAAAUAAUCACCCGCCGCCACCUGAAACUGAAGCAGCUCCACCUCCGCCGCUAAAAUCUGCAAACCACGCCCCCUCUCCGCCCCACUCCAAGCGCAACAACAGCGGAGACCACAUCUCCCUAUCUUCUCCGGCGGACUCCUAUUCGUCGCCGCUUCACUCCAAGCACAACAGCGAGGACCACAUCUCGCUCUCGCCGCCGGCAGGAAAUUCGCCGGCGCGGUCCUCGGCCGGCUCCGAGCACAUCACGAUCAACCACAGCCGCGGCUCCUCGCCAGAGCACGAGAGGAAUCGGCCGCCGGCGCGUUCCUCACUCGAAUCCGAGUACAUCACCUUCGAUCACGGCCGUAGGAAUGAGGAACCUUGGCCGCCGGCGGUGGUGGUGAGGAAGGAUGUGUACAAGGGGCCUAUGGAGGAUGUGGUUGUGGUGGAGGAGCCUACGGCGGUGGUGAAUAGAGCGGUGCUGGAGGAGCCGAAGGCGGAUCCGACCCCCGAGGUGGCCGGCGGUGGCGGCGGAAUUAGGCGUCGGAGGGUUAGUCCGUCGCUGUCUAUAUUGAGGAGACCUGAGAGAGAGAAGAUGGUGAGGAAAGCUGCGUUGGGGUUUAGGGUUUUUGGAUUGCUGUUUUGCUUGGUUUCAUUUGCAGUGAUGGCAGCUGAUAGAAAUCAGGGAUGGGCUCUCGAUUCAUUUGAUCGUUACAAAGAAUUCAGGUACUGUAUGUCUGUGAAUGUGAUUGGAUUUGUGUAUUCCGGAGCUCAGGCGUUGGAUAUGUCGUAUAAUUUGGCCACCGGAAAGUAUACGGCACAUCAUCAACAGAAACUCCGGCACUACCUCAACUUUGCAGCUGAUCAGAUGAUUGCUUAUCUUCUCAUAUCGGCCUCGUCGUCGGCCGCCAUCCGGAUCGAUGACUGGCAACUGAACUGGGGGAAGGACCAGUUUCCAGAUUUAGCAACUGCUUCUGUUUCCAUGUCUUUCCUCGCCUUCGUUGCCCUCGCCUUGAGUUCUCUCAUAUCUGGCUAUGCUCUCUGCACUUCCAAAUCGGCCUAGUUUCGACUAGGUGUGCAGUUAUGGUAGCAGCCCUCGCUGCGAGUAAUCUCGACUUCCUCUCCGGAUCUAGGUCCUGAUACUACAUGCACAUCGAGGUAGCGGCUGUCGGCAUCUUUAAGGAGAAAUUGUUGUAUAUGAACAUAUUCAAUAUGUUGAGGUUUUUUGCUGGAGAUUCAUAGGAUUUGCUGUAGAUGGGAGGUUUAGCAUAUGACCUUUCAAUAACAGUUGCAGUUGGGCCAUAGAUUUUCCUUAUUUUAUAGGCUAAAGAAUAGUAUGUAUUUUCUUGUAAGGGUGCGUUAUUAUUGGUUGCGAAAUUCAUAAAGGAGGGAUAUCAAAAUUAGGGAAAAGUUACAUUUCGUUCUA